AUGACUUCGAUCAAGGACGCAAUCAAGAACUUUGAAACAAAGAGCGGCACCCCCGAAGAACCUUGUGUGGCGGCAGAGCAGGAGAAAGUCCUCCUCUUCGGGCAGAUGCCUCCCAUCGUCAAGAUGGACAACACCCUAUCGACCUUGAAGGCAUGCAAGCAUCUUGCCCUGUCUUCCAACUGCAUCGAGAAGAUAACGGGCAUCAAGGGAUGCGAGUCACUAGAGGUUCUUUCUCUCGGUAGGAACCAGAUCAAGAAGCUCGAUGGGGUGGAGGACGUCUCGGAGACUCUGCAAGAGUUGUGGAUCUCGUACAACCUGCUCACGUCGUUGCGAGGAGUCGAGAAGCUCUCAAAGCUUCGGGUCUUGUACGUUGCAAACAACCUUGUAGCCAAGCUUCCUGAGCUUGAUGUCCUCAAGGAAUGCAAGUUGCUUGAGGAGCUUCUGUUGGUUGGAAAUCCUAUCUGGGAUGAACUGUCCAAGCCUGGAGGACCAGAAGACUUUAGAGAGCAGAUCGCUGGGCGGGUUCCUUGGCUGAAGAAGCUUGAUGGCUCUCCCUUGACUGAAGAAGAGAAGACGGCAGGAGCUGAAAAAGUUCCAUAA